AGACGUUUGAAACAUCGUGGUAUCUUCUGUGGGUGGUCCCAGCACCGCUCACUUAGACCUGAGCUUCAGUUAGCGCCAUGUGGACAGUCAGGACAUUUGUCGUGCUGUGCUUAGUUGCAUCGGUCCUAAGUGACGACCGAAGCGCCUUCGCUAGCGCCCAGGCUUCGGCGCUCGCGCAGGCCAACGCUGGUGGUAUCUUCGGCGGCGUGGACAAAAUAUGGACAAAAUGCCUUUACGAGGGCCAGAUGUACUACGACUACAAUCUGGGUGGUGGAUGUUUGGUGUGCGCAUGUUUCCUUACCAACGGAUACCUCUCACCCAAGUGUCGCUCGUGUAAUGGAUGUGGAUACGAACCACAACCCGAGCCGAGCCCAGUUCCAGAUGUUCCACCAACUCCACCAUUCAACCCAUGUCCACCGCCAAUUGUCAUUCCGGGACCACCAAGGCCAUACCCUGUGCCUGUACCAAUUCCCGGAAAACCAAUCCUCAUUCGCGUGCCAGUACCGGUACCAUCCCCACCAAUCUACUUGCCGGGACCACCCAGACCUUACCCUGUGGCAAAGCCCGUGCCCGUCCCAUACCCAGUUAACCGACCCUACCCAGUUCCUUCCCCACCCAGAAUCAUCACUGUACCUGUACCCAUUCCUCGUCCUUAUCCAGUACCAGGACCAGAAAGGGACGUUCCCAUACCAGUGCCUGUACCUUCUCCACCUGUGCGUAUUCCGGUCCCAGUUCCAGGACCUCCAAGGCCCGUGCCUGUCCCAGUACCAUCUCCUCCAGUACCUAUACCAGUCCCUGUGGAGGUUGAACGAUUCAUUCCAGUGCCAGGCAAAGACCGAUUAGUUCCUGUUCCCUUACCUAUCACUCAUAACAAGUACUACCCAGUUCCCAUUGUCGUCUAUGUUGCUCCCCUGUGCCGAGGACACGCUCCAUUUGUACCAUUCCGAGUUCCUGGAGAUGUUUGCCAAAUUCAUACUUGCAAGAUUAAAUACAACUAUGUAUACCUAGAUACUCAGAAAGAUCCGGACUGUGAUAUUACCCCAUAUCAACCAUUCGGACCGAUAUACGGAGGUUCUUCAGCAUCAGCCAUCGCUAAUGCUAAAGCUAACUCUUGGGGAGGCUCAAGCGCUCAUGCAGAUGCAGAAGCUAACGCCAAUGCUUUAUCCGGAGAUUUUGGUCCCUUGGGUGGACUCGGUGGUUUUGCGAACGCUGAUGCCAGUGCCGAAGCCAACGCAAAUGCUUAUGGACUAGCACCUUUUGGUGGUUUAAACGGACUAGACGGUCUCGGUUUCUCGAGUGCACAAGCAAAUGCUCAAGCUAAAGCUAACGCAGGUGGUUUGUUAGGUAAUUUAGGAGGGCUCGGAGGUUUAGGCGGCUUAGGAGGGUUAGGAGGUUUGGGAGGACUAGAUUUCGACUCGAUACGUGGUGGUUUGUCAAACGCUCAAGCUAAUGCCCAAGCUAACGCCCAAGCCAAUGCUAAUGCAUAUGCUGGAGGAUUAAGUGGGCUAGGAGGUUUAGGUGGGCUGGGAGGUUUAGGUGGGCUGGGAGGUGGAUAUUCUAGUGCCGAAGCCAACGCUGAAGCCAAUGCUAAUGCAUAUGCUGGAGGAUUAAGUGGGCUAGGAGGUGUAGGUGGGCUGGGAGGUUUAGGUGGGCUGGGAGGUGUAGGUGGACUAGGAGGUUUGGGUAGUAGUUAUGCCAAUGCUCAAGCCGAAGCUAAUGCUAAUGCAUUCAGCGGAAGUUGGGGAGGACUAGGAGGUGGAUUUUCUAGUGCCCAAGCUAACGCAGAAGCUAACGCUAAUGCUAAUGCAUUUGGUGGAGGAUUCAGUGGGCUUGGAGGUUUAGGUGGACUAGGAGGUUUGGGUAGUAGUUUUUCCAAUGCUCAAGCUAACGCCCAAGCUAAUGCCGAAGCCAAUGCAUUCAGUGGAGGCUUUGGAGGGCUUGGUGGAAGUUGGGCAAAUGCCGAAGCUAAUGCUAAUGCGAAUGCUAACGCUAACGCAGGCGGUUUGUUAGGUGGUUUAGGAGGGUUUGGCGGUUUAGGAGGUUUAGGAGGGUUAGGAGGCUGGGGUGGUGCCAAUGCUUAUGCCAAUGCUGAAGCCUUAGCAAACGCUAACGCUGGUGGAUUCGGCGGUGCCAAAACAUGGGGAAAAACUGCACCAACAGAAGAAUGAAGAGUUUUCAAAAAAUAAGAUACAAAAGCUAGUGAUCUCCACAUAAUGACCCUGCACGAACAUGGAUAAUGAUAUACUUUUAGUUUAUUGAGCAUAAUAUAAAAGGACAAAUUGUACGCUCCAUACUCAAAAAUAAUAAAGUGGGAUGAAAUUUAA